AUGUGCGAGAAAGCGAGAGUGAUAGUGAGAAUGCUACAAGGCUGCAACAGUAUGAGCAAGCUUCGUAAGAUCCAUUCUCAUGUCAUCAUCAAUGGUCUUCAACAUCAUCCUUCAAUCUUCAACAAUCUCCUCCGCUUCUGCGCCGUCUCCGUCACCGGAAACUUAUCUUACGCUCUUCUCCUCUUCGAACAAUUCGAUUCCGACCCAUCAACUUCGGCUUGGAACUCACUUGUCCGUGGCUUCUCCGUAUCUUCUUCUCCUCUCUCUUCCCUUCUCUUCUACGAUCGAAUGCUUCUCUCCUCUGUUUCACGACCCGAUAUCUUCACUUUCAGUUUCGCUCUCAAAGCAAGUGAGAAGCUUUGUUCGAUUCCGAAGUGUUUGGAGCUUCACGGUUCGAUUAUACGAUCUGGGUUUCUUUCAGAUGCUAUUGUUUCCACAAGUCUCGUUCGUUGUUACUCUGCUAAUGGAAUGAUAGACAUUGCUUACAAAGUGUUCGACGAAAUGCCUGUGAGAGACUUGGUUUCUUGGAACGCCAUGAUUUCUUGCCUUUCUCAUGCUGGUUUACACCAUCAAGCGUUGGGUAUGCACAAGCGAAUGGUAAAUGAAGGUGUGUGCAUCGAUGGUUACACGCUCGUUGCUCUGUUAUCUUCUUGUGCUCAUGUUAGCGCUUUGAAUAUGGGUGUUAUGCUACACAGGUUAGCCUGUGAGAUUCAAUGUGAGGGAAGUCUCUUUGUGAGCAAUGCUCUUAUUGAUAUGUAUGCAAAAUGUGGUAGUCUUCAAAAUGCUGUUAGUGUUUUCAAUGGAAUGCGCAAGAGAGAUGUUUUAACUUGGAAUUCGAUGAUUAUUGGGUAUGGAGUUCACGGGCACGGUGUCGAGGCCAUCUCGUUCUUCAGAAAGAUGGUGACUUCCGGGGUUAGACCCAAUGCCAUCACGUUCCUCGGAUUGUUGUUAGGUUGCAGUCAUCAAGGUCUAGUCAAAGAAGGAGUUGAGCAUUUCCAGCUGAUGAGUUCGCAGUUCCGUCUGAGCCCCAACAUUAAACACUAUGGAUGCAUGGUGGAUCUUUAUGGACGAGCAGGUCAGCUCGAUAAGGCGCUCGAGAUGAUACACAUGUCUUCCUGCCAUGAAGAUCCUGUAUUGUGGAGAACCCUGCUUGGCUCUUGCAAAAUCCACAGGAAUCUGGAAUUAGGAGAAGUAGCCAUAAAGAAAUUGGUGCAGCUCGAGGCUUUUAAUGCAGGGGAUUACGUGCUUAUGACUUCGAUAUAUUCUGCAGCGAAUGAUGCUCAAGGUUUUGCUAGCAUGAGGAAGCUGAUAAAAAGCCAUGAUCUACAGACAACCCCAGGAUGGAGCUGGAUUGAGAUUGGUGAUCAAGUUCACAAAUUUGUGGUUGAUGACAAAAUGCACUCGGAGUCUGCACUUAUUUACUCAGAACUGCAAGAAGUAGUCCGUCGCGCCAUACUAGCUGGCUACAACCCAGAGGACUCAAACGUAACUGGUCAAUCUCUCUCUGAUCGGUGUUUAGGAUCUGCAUUUCAUAGUGAAAAAUUGGCCAUUGCAUAUGGAUUGAUGAGAACUCCUGCUGGAACAAUUCUCCGGAUUACAAAGAAUCUUAGAGUUUGCAGAGAUUGUCAUUCGUUUACAAAAUGUGUAUCGAAAGCAUUCAAUCGGGAAAUUAUUGUAAGGGAUAGAGUUCGGUUCCAUCACUUUGCAGGUGGUCUUUGUUCUUGCAACGACUACUGGAUUAUCACCAUGGAGUUCUUAAAAGACAAAGUGAGAGAGACAGGAGAUGCGGCCAUUAUUAAUACAGCUAUCUCUUGUGUGAAUGUCAGGUUUCUCCCAUGGCAUCUCACGCCAUUGGUGGCUGCAACAGCCUACAAAAUUGAAAUUGUGGAGAAGAUCCUGCCAGAUUUCUCUGUAUAG